AUGAACUUCUCUGGCAAGUACCAACUGCAGAGCCAGGAAAACUUUGAGGCCUUCAUGAAGGCAGUUGGUCUGCCUGACGAACUCAUCCAGAAGGGGAAGGACAUCAAGGGGGUGUCGGAAAUUGUGCAGAAUGGGAAGCACUUCAAGCUCAUCAUCACCACGGGGUCCAAAGUGAUCCAAAAUGAGUUCACCUUGGGGGAAGAGUGUGAACUGGAAACCAUGACUGGGGAGAAGGUCAAGGCAGUGGUCCAGAUGGAAGGUGACAAUAAACUGGUGACAACUUUCAAAGGCAUCAAGUCUAUGACCGAACUCAAUGGCGAUGUGAUCACCAACGUAAGUUGGCACUCUGAGCUGCUGGCUCCCAGUGCUUGA